AUGUCAAUCCGCAGCUACGAUUUCCACACCUACUGGCGCAAAAACGACCCAGAGGAAACCAAACGGUCAAAUUCCUUCAGGGAGAAAGUCGCAAAAGAGUUUGCUUCCGAACUUGAGGCUGGGGAUCUUCGGCUUCAUAACCCACAUGAAGAGCCAAUUGGGCCACACCCAAUUUCAAUGUGGGAAUUGGAUACUGGAGGAAAGUACGAGCCGGCUUUAUUUGCUCGUGUCUUGGCCUUCUACCAACUUAAUCACAACAAGUUGUCUGUUUUGAUCCACCCACGUACAAAUGACGGGGACCUUAUCGAUCAUACAGAGUACGCUCUCUGGUUGGGUCAGAAGCAACGUCUUAUUACGUCAUUUUUGAAGUAA